AAAGUUUGGCAACCCGUGCCUGUCCACUUGGAGAUUGACCACCAGAAAAAACAGCCCCAGGCCCCAGCUCCCGCCGGCGGAUGUUCGUUCAUGCGCAGGUGGCUUGGAGCCAUUUUUACUGGCCCAAGGUGCGGCUAAGCCUCGGCCCCUCGUUUCGCCCUAGUUCCAACUUAGCCUUUGUUUCAAUGCUACGAUUCCUGGUGCUGCUGGUUUUGGAGAGUACAGCAGCCUGGAAAUGGAUGGAGAACAUUAAGAUGCCCUCGCUGCAGAACCUGCAGCGGGGGGGCCGCUUCGGGGAGAAGAAGCUGGUGGUCAUCACGGGCACCUCCUCGGGCCUGGGCAAGGCCACCGCCAAGGCCCUGCUCCGCGCCAACGACUACCAUGUGGUCGGCGCUGUGCGGGACCUCGAGAAGAUGCAGGUGGUGGCGGAGUUGGAGGGCUUUGACAUGGACAGCUUCACCCCGAUGCAGGUGGACCUCGCCAGCUUCGAGUCGGUCAAGGCCUUCACCGAGGAGCUGGACAAGUUCCGGGGGGAUCGGCCCAUCGACCGUCUGGUCUGCAACGCCGCGGUGUACCAACCCACCUUGGCCUACCCCAAGUGGACGGAGGACGGGCACGAGCAGCAGCUGCAGAUCAACUACCUCAGCCACUUCCUGCUGACCAGCCGCGUCAUGCCGAUGAUGACGGACUCGGAGGAUGCCCGCGUGGUGAUGAUCGGCUCGGUGACCGGGAACGACAACACGGUGGGCGGGGGCGGGGUGUACCCCAUCGCCGACCUCAAGGAGCUGGACGGGCUGGAGCUGGGCUGUAAGAAGCCGAUCGCCAUGAUGGACGGCUACAACUUCAACGGGGCCAAGAUGUACAAGGACACCAAGCUGGCGCUCAUGAUGACCACCAACAUGCUCCACGAGCGCUUCCACCGCUCCACGGGCAUCGCGUUCAGCUCUAUCUACCCGGGCUGCAUCGCCGAGACGCCGCUCUUUCGGGAGAAGCGGCCCUGGUUCCGCAAGUAUUUCCCCAUCUUCAUGAAGUACAUCACCGGCGGCUACGUGGGCGAGGAGGAGGCCGGAUCCCGGCUCUUCCAGGUGCUGCACGACCCCGCGUGCACGAAGAGCGGGGUCUACUGGUCCUGGAACGGGGGGCCCCGGGAGGGCCGAGGCGCCGCGCUGGACACCGGGGGCCAGAUCACCGGCGCCGGAGGUGCGGGGGGCGGAUGGGAGUCCAUCUUCGAGAACGAUCAGUCCGACAAGGUGCUGAACAAGGACCUGAUGCAGAAGCUUUGGGAGAGUACCAACGAGAUCACCAAGGCUGAGUGGCCCUUGGCGUACCAGCCCAAGUCCCCCUGCCCCACGCUGAAGGUGGUCACGGCCGCUACCUCCAUCUUGGGCAUCCUGGAGGAGCAGGCGCGCAUGAAGGCCACUGAGGAGGGCGAGAAGAUCGUGGCGAACCGGACGCUGCCCAAGGAGGUGCGGCGGAGCGAGCUCGAGAAGAUGCUUUCGAAGCUCGACCGGACUCCUGCAGACCCAGAGGCCUUUGCCCGAGACAUGGCCCUCACCUCCGGAGCGGUGCCGGAAGAGGUGGGCGAGGUGGAUGUGGAGAAGACGGUGGCCUCGCUGAGAGGCACCGACGGCGUCGCCGUGGUCGAUGCGUCGGAGCUGGAUUGGGACGUGCCUGAGGUGAAGAACACGGAGCCGCCCCAGAUGAUCCCUGGGCACGAGGUCCUCGGGGACACCCAGGUGGUCUUCCAGCCCCAGAACGUGAUGACCAUGGCCCGUGCCGGCCAGCCCCUCAGCGAGGUCGCCACGCAGGCGGAUGUGUUCAUCCCUUACCGGUGCAAGAAGGGCGAGUGCAAGACCUGCGCGGUGAACAUCGGCGGCAAGUGGGUCUGCGCCUGCCAGACCAAGAUCCAGGCGCAAAAGCCUGGGGAGAGCUUCGAGAUCAAGGUGCGGCCAAGGGACGAGUCCUACAAGCAACAGGAGAAGGCUGCCUUCUUUAGCCCCAAGAGCUUCUUGGACGGGGUGGUGAACAACGGCCUGGGGGUCUUCGGCUUCGUGAAGGAGGGUCUCGCCGCGGACCCCGACUUCCAGGUCCGCAUGGAGCGGGAGAAGGCCGUCCAGGAGCUCCUCGCCCAGCGCAAGGCCGGCAGCCACGCCGGCAGCGCCGGCAGCAAAGUCAGCGUGGGCAAGCUGCGAGGGCCCAAAAACGUGAAGGCGCCGAAGGCGUCGAUGAAGGGCCAGGAGACGGUCACGGACGAGCACGGCCGGGAGUUUGUGCUGCCGGGACUGGCCAUGACGGCGGGCUUGCUGCUGUCCAUCAUCCAGCACUACCGGCCCUCCUGAGAUGCCUCAAAAGAGAGGCAACUUCUGGGCGCAUGGCCUUGCCCGGCCGGCGCAGUGCAGACCGAAUGCAAUGAGACAUUCGGCUUAGAUGCAGUGGCGCUUUUUAGCGGUGAGCGGGUACCUCAGGCGAGUGGUGAGUAUCCUUGCCUAUAACCCACAUGGCAUUUUCUAAAUGGGUUCUAGCCAGGGCUACUGGCCACGUUCUGAGUCGCCUGCCCCGCACGAGAUGCGCGCAGUUUCCCCUCAUCAGUUUCCAGUGUAAACAAGCGCAGCCUUUGGCUCUCUCGAUCUUGGCAUUUUUAAGCGAGCGACCAGCCGCCCCACGGCACGGCACGAUGCUCUCUCUGUUGGAGAGGGAAGCCA